AUGAAUGAGAUGAAGAAAGAGGCCACAGAGGAGGAAAGUAGAGAGAAGAAAAUGGAAAUGCUUGGCUAUAGUUGGAAUAGUGUUCAACGUCCUUUAUUUGUACACAGCGUUAACGCCCUUCUUCUGACUCUGUGCAGACGGUAUAAAAGUCAUCUGAAGCAAAGGCCUCAUCAAUUGAUUCUCUUUUUUUUUCUCUCUCUCUCUCUCUCUCCUACAGGUUGUGGUGCAUCGUCCUCCGAAGAACUGCUCCGAGAAAAGCUCUUCCCACCUGAUUACAACCCAUGGGCUCUUCCAAACAAAAAUGCUUCUGAUGUUCUCCUCAUUUGGUUCGGGCUUGCCAUCUCCCAAAUAGUAGAUGUGGAUGAGAAAAACCAAGUUUUAACCUCUAAGGUCUGGAUGAAACAGAUGUGGCGUGAUUAUCACUUCACAUGGGAUCCUGCAGACUUUGGCAAUAUCAGCAACAUCAAGGUCCCCAGUCCCAAAAUAUGGAUCCCAGAUAUCAUGAUAUACAACAACGCAAAUGGGACAUUUGAUAUGAAAUCUCACGCUUGGGCCAACAUCUAUUUCAACGGGACGGUAUAUUGGUUUCCUCCUGCUGUGUACAAGAGUUCAUGCAAGAUCGACGUCCAGUACUUUCCCUUCGAUGAGCAGCGUUGCGUCAUGAAGUUUGGGUCCUGGUCCUACGACCAACAUAAGAUAGACUUGAUCCCGGUCAGCGAUAGCGCGGAAAAGAAAGAUUAUUGGGAGAACGGAGAAUGGACGAUCGUCAAAUCGCCUGCAGAACGGCACGCUAUCAAGUACCCGUGUUGCGACGACAUCUAUGUUGACGUGACCUACACUUUUGUCUUGAGAAGGAAACCUUUGUUCUACUUCGCCUACCUGCUUCUUCCUUGUGGAAUAAUCUCGUUCAAUACGGUGCUCGUGUUCUACCUCCCGCCGGACAUCACGGGCAAGAUGUCUCUCUGCACCUCAGUGCUUCUCUCCAUGGUGUGGUUCCUUCUGCUCGUCACACAAUGUAUUCCUUCCAACGCCAACAACUUCCCUCUCAUUGUUAAAUACCUCCUAUUCACCAUGACCAUCGUAGCUUCCUCCAUCGUUCUCACCGUCUUCGUUCUCAACAUACGGCACCGGUCACCGUACACGCACAUAAUGCCGCAGUGGGUCCGGACCGUCUUCAUCGACAUGCUGCCGCGGUUCGUCGGAUUGCAGCGGCCAAACCAAAAGCGGAAAAGAGACAUGCACAGCAUCAACAUGUCGGGACGUGAAUCGAUAGCUACGUGUAACCACGUAGACGCCAUGAUGACGGAGACUUCGUCACAUUCCUCCGAGGCGGAUAAUGAUUUAAUGCAAGCCCACCUGUCACAUCAAGCAACGCAUAACUACGCCGUGGACAAGAACUCCAAACCGAAGGAAAACAACGCCAAGAUGAACGCCGGCAACAAGAAUCCUGCCGUCGAACCACUCCUCAACUGCAUGUUGGCGCAAAAGAGCAUGAAGGCUGAACGUUUCUACACGCCGUUCAACGAGAAGAACAACGCGAUUCCGCACUACAUCAUCCCGGACGAGUUGUCUGGGCAUCCGCACGCCGGUCACAUGGAGAACAACAUCCGGUCAAGCAGUCACACCCCGACAAGCAAGAAGCGGCCGCGACCGCUUCUGCAGGAGGAACCGCCGCUGCAGUACAUGGUGGCUCAACAGACGGUGGAAGAUAUCAUGUACCUCACAUCACGCAGUAUUAACAACGAAUAUGCAACUAAGGCGAGAGAAGAAUGGAAGCUCGUUGCUAUGGUGAUAGACAGAAUAUUUCUCAUCAUUUAUCUGUGUGCUGUCUUCAUUGGGACAUUAUCGAUCGUACUCGAAGCUCCACUUGCGAGAGAGUUCUUCAUGGAUGUUUUGUUCCGAAACGGGACGAGUUUUAACGAAGACCCUACACUAAUGAACGAAGCGUGUAGCACUUAUUUUCUGACGGACUGUGCCGAACUUUAACGUGUUCCUUCGGCAGCUUUUCUCGAAGGGUUUCCACCGAUGUAGUCUGUUUAUACGAAUGGCUCCGAAGAGAAUUAUGUGAAACUUAAAGAUAAAUGCUAUCGUGGAAAGUGAUAUAUUGGAUAUAGGACAACGGUAUGUAGAACGUUGAAGGACCGAAUGACGAACAUGGAUGCCCCUGACUACUGACCUGAAUGAAUUUAUUGUGCUUUUUCCUUCCUAAAUUUUAUAUUCAGUGUGGAUGAUAUUUAUACAUUUUCAAAAUUGGUGUUAAAUCCUUUAAUACGAAAGAGUAUACAUGUAAUUAUUAUGAAUGGAAUUGGUUGCUGGAACCGCACUCAAAACAACCGAAGGUAUUUCAAACUGGGUUUUUUGUGGUGUUGGAAAGGAGAUCAUGUUUUCAACUUCUCUGUAAUGGAUUAUGGAUCAAUCCACGACAAGGCUAGGAAUUGUUAUAAUAAAAACUAAAGAAAACAUACGUAUUCUAUAAUUAUAUUAUAGCACUAUAAGCUCAACCAGAUUUCAAUUGAAUAUGGCGGUAGGUGCGAAGAGACUAAUUAUUAUUCAUUGGAAUUCGGUGUAGUAAGUAUUUUUGCAAAACUUUUCAAGUGUAAAAAUCAGAUUAGAUUAGCAAUGUACAAUAAAGGUAUUUGGAGAAGAAUUUAUCUAAAUUUAGGCCCCACGCUUUCUGCUUAACAAUUCAAUUCAAUUGAUAACGUCUCUGUGACGUAAUCAUCACAAAUGUUAUUUUUGACAAAUACAAUACUAAUGUAAUGCUGGACACGAGCCUGAGACUGGGAGGCACAAGUUGUCGUCUGGCGGUUUUCUCAUUUAUAAAACUUGGAAGCGUAUCUCUGAUAGAAUGAAACAGGCG